CCCUGUCCUUGUUAAGAAAGCUGCGCGACUGCGAAGUUCAAACCAGGCUCUGCGCCUGUGGGUUUGUCCAGUUUGUUCUCCUUUCAACACUUCUUCAGUCUUUUUCCACUUUGUAACGAUGACGACGCCUUGAACGACUAAAUACGCCGGAAUUGGUUCAUGGCCGUGCGUGACGAUCACUUCAUGUCGUGUUGACCUCUGUCAAACUCAGCCUCCGAGCCCGCGACGAGCAAGGCCAGUGUGCCCAUAGUUGAUUGCUGCAUUGUCCAGUGCUCUACAACUCCGACUAGCCGUUCUCUUACGUGGUACCAACCAUCCUAGACCGAGACGAACGAACGAACAGGCCGAGAGAAUAUCGCAGCCUCAACACCAUGGCUGAAGCCGACCCCGAAGUCGUGGUGGCCAUCGUGGCUCUCCUCGUGUCUUUGGUUGCUCUGGCAGCUACCUUCAUGCAGGUCAUGCAACAAUACUACGCCUCUGCCGCAGGAUACGCUCAAUGCAAUGAGAAAGUCAUGGGAAAAUGGGCACUCACCAAAACCCGUCGCUUCUCUUGGGACGAGCUCCGUUUCGAGGUCGAGUUUGAAGCUCCUGUGAUUUUCGUCUCGCCCCCAGACAACCAACAUGGCCCAAUUCGCGGAGCAGAGAUAUACUUUCUAGAUGGAAGUCCCGAGAGUCUCGAAAACACGUGGUCUGAGCUGGACAUCAACCCAAGAGAGGAAUAUGCCAACAAGACGAAACGAGAGCGUAUCCAUACUGCUGAUAACGAGCGAGCUUCAUGGACAUUACUUCUCAGCGCCGUACAGCGUAUGGAGCACGAGUCGGAGAAGUGGCAAAAGAGUCAAUACGAGGGCAUGCAUAAACAAGUUGGGCCUCCGAAUGCGCAGACACAGCACCACGAUCUUCCUACCAACCCUCCUAGCUUAUACGAUGCACAUACUAUGACAGUAGCUCUUCAACGGAAACGUAAAAGCUGGGAUACAAUGCCCGCGACUGUUCUACGCCCCUACGCGACGACGACGAUGUGCCAUCUCAUCGAGAUGUUGGCGGCUCUGGGUAUCUACUGGAAAGAAUUCGACCGCAAGCGCGAGCGUUAUCGUGCCGAAGGCAAUGGUUUUAUGGUCAUUGGCGAAAAGGUCACUGAUCUCGGUUUAAUGUUUACCUUCAGUAUUUACGGGAGGAGUCGCUUCGAAGCAAAUCGAGUGAUUCCUGUUGACCAGGUCAAGGAGCUUUGUUUUGGCUAUGUGUCGACUAUUUACAGCGUGCUUUUGGAUCAGCGACGCCUUCGAUUUCCUGAAGAUGAUCCAGAGAACUUGGCUUUCCUUCAGCUGGCGACUCGCGAGGAGAUUUCUCAGACUCUUAUCCGAAUUGGAUGUAACAACAAUGCUGUCCGUGCUUUCCAAGAUGCUGGCAAGCAUACAUCGCAUCUGUUUCCUGUCUCCUUCGAAAUCCUCGGUAUGCUGAGUCGUACUUUUCACAUCAAGAACAGCAUGUUCACCCAUAUUCCCAACCCAACAUCAGAUCGCUGGGAUAAGCAGUCGGUGUCAUUAGUCAAAGUGAUGGAAGCUUACGAGGACCUGGUUCCGACUUCACUGCCCGGAGCCCGUCGAAACCCCGUCAUUAUCGAGAAGAUUAAGAAGCAUGUCGACCAAAUUCUAGCCUUCAACAAGGACGAAAGCGUAACCGAGAAGAUGUGUACCCUCAAGGCACUCCACGAAGCCAUCGACGAUUGCGAUCAGAUCUUGACAGCCAAGGAACCCAGCGGCACUGUUACCCCUUUUGCAGAGCAGUUGGGCAUCAAGGUUCAUGAGUCCGAGGUACAGAAGAAACGACGAGAAAUGGUCCAAGAUGUUUUGCGAUCGCACAUCCAAGAAGUUCUACGUCUACUGAAUGACGGGGAAGACCGUUCGUCCGAUACGCAAUCUCUGCACGCUGAAUGGAGUCCGGCUACGCCACACACACGACAGGAUGGACAGCCUAGAGUUGCGCCCAUCGGAUUCGAGGACAUGCACGAAGCCAGUCCUGAUGAGCGGCAGCACAAGUUUUUGGAAGUUUACUUUCACGUUAUUCGUGAGAAGGUUAUCCCUCGUGCUGCCCGUUCAACAGAUCGCAGAACGAGCCUUGUUGGUGCCCCUGCAGGGUACGGUUUCCGCCGCGCAGGCACAGGUCGUACCCAAGCAUCCAGCAUGCGUGGUAUUGAACGGGCGUCCUCGCCGCCUCCCCCCAUGCCAGCCCCUCGUCUACAAACCAGCGUGGAGAACAUUCCUCUUGGACCCAUGGCCAACGGCCGUCCCUCCAUGUCUAGCAGACCUGGUAGUGCUGUGAGUGAUGCGUAUUCGUUAGCAAGUGAGCAACCUAGACCUAGGCUCGAGGCUGCUUUGUAUGAACAGGAGGUCUCGCAUGAUGAUGUUUGGUGCACGCUGAUUUUCCGCAUGAUAUGCUGGUUAAUGUUGCACGACUUUAAUAAGUUGGAUGUACAGCUGAGUAAAAGCGAGCUAUUGGGAAGCCGUAUGCCAGUUUACAUAUCAUGAUACAUUGGAUGAGAGUCGAUAUUUGGAAAUGAUUGGAUGUUAGCGAGGGCUUUGGAUUAAUAUCAUGAUAACGGCGUAUCAUGCGAUCUUGGGGAUACCACAAAAAGCGAAUGUCAGCGAUAUCUGGUUAGCACAUCAGUUUACAAUGGAUCACAAUACACUCAUCACGGAGCGAAUGACCCCUGAAUCAA